GCCAUCAGCAGCGUCUGACGGCUGCAUCCUCUGCUCCCUGAAGCACCACGGCUUCUCCAGCCUCCUCCUCCUCCUCGCCCUCUUCUGUGUUGUCUGCUGCUGACUCUCUGACGGUCUCCUUUGUGUCUCCACGGGGGUCGUCGUCGCCGUUUCUCCCUUUUUUUAGGAGGAAGAGGAGCACCAUGGACAUGAUGGGGAACAAAGAGAGACGAGGCGUGAAUUUCAAAGGCUUGCUGAGGAGGAACUGGCUGCUGAUUGCCACGAUUAUCUCUGUGCUGCUCGGGAUCAGUUUGGGUGUCGUGGUCAGAGAGUAUUCGUCCCUCUCACACCUCCACAAACAGUACUUUGGUUUUCCUGGAGAAGUCCUGAUGAGGAUGCUGAAACUCGUCAUCCUACCACUGAUUAUUUCCAGCAUGAUUACAGGUGUUGCAGCCCUGGACUCUGAAGUAUCAGGAAAGAUCGGCCUGCGAGCUGUGAUUUAUUACUUCUCCACAACCAUCAUUGCCGUUAUCCUUGGUAUUAUUUUGGUGAUGACCAUCAAACCUGGAGUCUCUCAGACAGCUGAGCACAUUGACAGAGCGGGGACCACGCCUAACGUCACCACAGUUGACACACUGCUGGACCUCGUCAGAAACAUGUUUCCAGAAAACCUGGUACAGGCAUGUUUUCAGCAGUAUAAGACCAAACGUAAAGAGCUGGAGCCUCCAAGAGUUUCAUCCAACACCACCACCACCACCACCAUCCCACCACUCACAACGACUCUCAUCUCUGUUGUAGAGAACAUUACCAAGGAUUAUAAAAUCAUCGGGGCGUACUCCGAUGGCAUCAACGUGUUGGGGCUGAUUGUGUUCUGUGUUGCCUUCGGCCUCGUCAUUGGGAAGAUGGGCGAGAAAGGACGAAUCCUCCUCGAGUUCUUCGAUGCCUUAAAUGAAGCAACCAUGAAACUGGUCCAGAUCAUCAUGUGCUACAUGCCAGUUGGGAUUUUGUUCCUAAUUGCUGCAAAGAUCAUCGAGGUGGAGGACUGGGAGAUCUUCAGGAAGAUGGGUCUUUAUAUGGUGACCGUGCUGAGUGGUCUCGCUAUCCACGCCACUGUCUGCCUGCCGCUCAUCUACUUCAUCAUCGUGAGGAAGAACCCGUUCACAUUCACGUUGGGCAUGGCUCAGGCUCUGGUGACAGCGCUCAUGAUCUCCUCCAGCUCUGCCACCCUGCCCGUCACCUUCAGAUGUGCCGAGGAGAACAAUCGCAUCGAUAAGCGGAUCACUCGCUUCGUCCUGCCAGUUGGUGCCACCAUCAACAUGGACGGAACAGCGCUCUAUGAGGCGGUGGCUGCCAUUUUUAUUGCCCAGCUAAACGACUACUCCCUGGAUGUGGGUCAGAUUGUCACAAUCAGUAUAACAGCAACAGUGGCGAGUAUUGGAGCGGCAGGAGUCCCUAACGCUGGGCUUGUCACCAUGGUGAUCGUCCUAACAGCUGUUGGCUUACCUGCAAGCGACGUCACUCUGAUCGUUGCUGUCGAUUGGCUGCUGGACCGUUUCCGUACGAUGAUCAAUGUUCUUGGCGAUGCGUACGGAGCCGGAAUCGUCCAAAAACUAUCAAAGAGGGAAUUAGAGAGGAUGGAUCUGACGUCAGAUGUGGACGUCGCCAACCCCUUCGCCCUAGAAGCCACUUUAGAUGACGACGAGUGCGAGAAGAAAUCCUACGUAAACGGGGGCUUCACCGUCGAUAAGACUGACGCGAUCUCGUUCACUGAAACGUCCCAGUUUUAGCCUUGGAGCGUCUCAGAGGAGCAGAGAAAGUGCCACGCUGCUAUGGGUGUUCAAACCUUCCUUCAUGUACCUGCACCAUGACGAGAGAGGAAACCUCCCUGAACCAGCCCCAUCCGAGCUCAGACGUCAGCAAUAGCAGCCUCCAUUAAGCUAACCCGAGAUGAUCACGCUUCACGUCGGACAUUUACAACCACGACUAGAUUAAAGUGCUUCCUUCUUACUAUCAGAAUGUGCCAAGAUGAAGAGAAAUCUGUUUUCUUUAGAACCAGUUGGCUCUUUCUGCAAAGAUGCACUCAUCAGAAGAGCUGUGUUCAUGAGAGAGCAUGAGGAUGUUUAUUUAGAGUGUAUGUGAGUACGAGUGGUUAUUUUACAGAAUACCUAUGAAACACGACUUAAAGCAGUAAUCCGGAUGUGAAACAUCACUUUAUUUACUCCUUCAGUAGACAGUUAUUCUCUAACAUUUAUAAAUGACCUACUUCUGUGUGAGUGUUGAAUGUUGAUGUCCCAUAAUGCACUGCUUGUAUAUCUAUCCAUAUGUUUAAACUGUGCCAAACAUAAAGAAAGUUUUUAUGAAGCUGCAUGAAGCAAUAUGUCAAAGAAACGCUACCGCCGGCUGCAGAGAGAGCAGGUUUUUUAUGAAGACUGAAAGGGUUAAUGGAGGCUUCUGAAGUCAUGAAACACUGUGAACUUUGAGGACAUUUUUCAGAACAUUUAUGAUUUAAUUUUAAAGUUUAUAAUCAUGAAUCAUGUCUGUGUUUAGGAAAUGACCUUCUCAAACAAAUCCAUUGUUGCUUAAUAGAUAUAAAGAUGGAAAGACACUGGAAUACUGAGUAAAUGGAGUGACUUUUUUCA